CACCGCUACCACCAGUGUUAGCUGCUCCCGGCUAAUGAAGUCCCCUCACAUCAAAACACAAGAGUUUUAUAGUAUUGAAUUAUGCAAGUACAAGAGUGUAGACAAGAAGGAGAACAGGACAACGACAACUCAAGACUAGUGCCAGCUAGUUCGGUUGCCCUUCCAAAGACCCUUGGAGUGCCUGAGGACAUUGGUCACAUCGUACGGGAGCGGCGUUUGCGCUGGCUUGGACACGUGACACGGAUGGAAGAUGACCGGUUGCCCAAGUGUGUUCUCUUCGGUGAACUGCCUGCCCCGCGUCCCGCGCAUGGUCCAGGCAAGAGGUGGAGGGACGUCAUUAUGGAUGACGGUUUGUCGGUUGAGCCACCGGUACCAACAUGUGGAUGGUACGGUGCAGCCCAGAACAGUCCGGAGUGGCGUAAGAUUGCCCGUCGACCACCCAAGGCACCCUUCUGCUGCUGGCUACGGUUGCGCCUGCGGCCGCAUGUUCCGUCGAAGCGGCCACCUGAAACACCAUCAGUCGUUCUGUUGUGGACUGGAGAAAUAACUAUGCGCUAUCAUUGCUACGCAAUGGGCAAAGUCAAGUACGCCGCUUUAUCGGCUGAGAACCAACGGUCUUACGGUAGCACCAUUCGCCGUGUAUCAGCGAAUCGUGCGCAGCAAUGUAGCACCGAUGAGUUUGAGUGCUGGAUUUGCUAUGAUGUGGAAAGUCGCGAGUCCGGACCGUUGAUCUGCGCGUGUGAUUGCAAGGGAGGCACGGCUGCUGUGCAUCACAACUGCUUGAAGCGCUGGCUACUGGAGCAAGGAGAGUUGUCUCAGCGCAAGGUCCCUCAGUGUGACAUCUGCAAGAAGCCUUACGUGCUCGACCGAACUCGACGCUUCAAAUUCUCCUGCACAACUAUGCAAGGUUUACGCUCGUCAUUACUCAUUUGUGUUAUCGUUGCCAUGCCGAUCACAGUGACGUUUGUGAUUAAACAUGUUCCGUUCCAUGACUUGGCCAAGUAUACUGUGAUUGUUGUCACGGCAGUGCUGGAGCUGGUCUGUCUUCGGCUGCUGGGAGUGACGUUUGACUCGAUAUGCCUACGUGCAAUGGUGGCCGCCGUCACCAUCCUUGGACCACAUCCAUCGAGCAUCCAGCCACCAGAAGACACUACGGCUGAAGCAACGUCGCUGCCACCAUCAAUGCCACCAGCUGCUGCUACAUUGGACGAAAUGGACAAAUUGCAGCAGCAGCAGCAUGAGCAUGAACCCUGUUCAUCACCAGGCACAGUGUUACUGCUCCGUCGUACACCCUCACCAUCAAUAGAGGAUCAGCAAAACUCCACUUACGCAGUGUCAGCAGCAGCAAACUUGCCUACUAGCCCGCCGUAUCCUCAGUCCAGUAUACAACAAUGCUCCAGUAGCAGUGACCUGAUUCCAUCCAGCCGCUCACAAUCUGUUUUAUUCGCCGUACGACCUCUGGCAUGAUGCGUGCGCGCACACAAACACACACACACACACACACACACAAACACUUCUUGUGUAUGUGUGUGUUCAUUGCCACGUGGUCUUUCCACGAGCAAUCAAGCUGCAGUGAUGACAAGAACAUUUGAUGCGUUGUGUUGCUAACAUGUCGAGUGUACUCUGCGUGCAACGCCUGUGGGCUCUUUUAUUUCGUUUUACGUCUUUGAAGAACAGUGUGCGUGUGUGCGUGUGUGUGUGUGUGUGUGUAUGUGUGUGUGUGUGUGUGUGUGUGUGUGUGUGUGUGUGUAUGUUCUCAAGUGCUGUUUAUAGUAUAUGUGUGUGUGUGUUGUGUUCUUAUGAAUAUGUGUUAGUAUUCCUGACCUAUUGUAAGCAAGUAAGCUCAUCAUUACUACAAGACUAAUAGUAUUACUAGCAGCAGACAUGACGUCAUUCUCCUGUUUACAUACCUCUAAUAUCUGUAUGUACAGCUGCAGCAGCAGUGGGUACCAUGGCAACACAAUACACACUUUAUCUCCCUCCCAUGUUCAGUUUUACUGCUCUGCACACACCAUCGUGGUGUGGUUGGCGUGUGUUGUGUGUUUUUGUUCUCAGCAUCUUCAGCAUAGUACACGUAGUGAAUCAUGUACCGGGUUACUUUCCAUCGCCUGCUGCCUCCGCCGCCGUAUACGUAUCAUUUUUAUUGAGAUGACGUGAGUUUACCGUGAUCAGUGAUUUCCCCGUCACCCCGGCUUGCCUGCUGUCAUACUGAAAGCUUUCCAAUCUAUUGAAUCUAUCCUUUUUGUUCUUGCC